AUGGAAUUGUUCCGUCCCCAUGGUGAAGCACAAGAUUUUUUGUUCAUUGCAACUGAGAGAUAUAAAUUCUGUGUUCUUCAAUGGGAUUAUGAGUCAUCUGAGCUAAUUACAAGGGCAAUGGGGGAUGUUUCUGAUCGGAUAGGCCGACCGACAGACAAUGGUCAGAUUGGUAUAAUUGAUCCUGAUUGCAGAGUAAUUGGUCUCCAUCUGUAUGACGGCUUGUUCAAGGUUAUUCCGUUUGACAAUAAAGGACAGCUCAAUGAAGCUUUUAACAUAAGGCUGGAGGAGUUGCAGGUCCUAGAUAUCAAGUUUUUGUAUGGAUGCGUGAAGCCUACAAUUGCAGUACUUUAUCAGGACAACAAAGAUGCUCGUCAUCUCAAAACAUAUGAAAUUUCUCUUAAAGAUAAGGAAUUUGUUGAAGGGCCAUGGUCACAGAACAAUCUCGACAAUGGUGCUGACUUAUUAAUCCCUGUACCUUCACCUCUGUGUGGCGUCCUUAUCAUUGGAGAAGAAACCAUUGUCUAUUGUAGUGCCAAUGCAUUCAAAGCAAUACCAAUACGACCUUCCAUCACAAAAGCAUAUGGAAGAGUUGAUCUUGAUGGUUCUAGGUAUCUCCUUGGUGACCAUGCUGGACUGAUUCACCUGCUUGUUAUAACCCACGAGAAAGAAAAGGUCACUGGCCUCAAAAUUGAGCUUUUGGGUGAAACAUCUAUAGCAUCUUCCAUCUCGUAUCUUGACAAUGCUGUUGUCUUUGUCGGUUCAAGUUAUGGAGAUUCACAGCUUAUUAAGCUAAACAUGCAACCGGAUGCAAAAGGUUCAUAUGUAGAAAUUUUAGAAAAGUAUGUCAACUUGGGGCCUAUUGUCGACUUUUGUGUAGUUGAUCUUGAGAGACAAGGGCAAGGUCAGGUUGUAACAUGCUCUGGAGCAUAUAAGGAUGGUUCUCUUCGCAUAGUCCGCAAUGGGAUAGGAAUAAAUGAACAGGCGUCCGUGGAACUUCAAGGCAUCAAAGGAAUGUGGUCGUUGAAAUCGUCAAUUGAUGAAGCAUUUGAUACAUUCCUUGUAGUUAGUUUUAUCAGCGAAACUCGUAUAUUAGCCAUGAAUAUAGAGGAUGAACUGGAAGAAACAGAGAUUGAGGGUUUCUCGUCUCAAGUGCAGACUUUAUUUUGCCAUGAUGCUGUCUACAACCAACUUGUACAGGUUACCUCAAAUUCUGUCAGAUUAGUCAGUUCUACAACUAGAGAAUUGCGAAAUAAAUGGGAUGCACCAGCUGGAUUCGCUGUUAAUGUUGCAACUGCAAAUGCGAGCCAGGUUCUUUUGGCCACUGGAGGUGGGCAUUUGGUCUACCUAGAAAUUGGGGACGGGACAUUGACGGAAGUUAAACAUGUCCUGUUGGAGUACGAGGUUUCUUGUCUUGACAUAAACCCCAUUGGCGAUAAUCCUAAUCACAGUCAGCUAGCUGCAGUCGGGAUGUGGACAGAUAUAAGUGUGAGGAUUUUUGUGCUGCCAGACUUGACUCUUGUUACUAAGGAGCAACUAGGAGGGGAGAUAAUUCCCCGAUCUGUUCUUCUUUGUUCAUUUGAAGGGAUAUCUUACUUGCUCUGUGCUCUUGGAGAUGGUCAUCUCUUAAGUUUUCAGUUGGAUACGAGUAGUGGGAAAUUAAGAGAUCGAAAAAAAGUAUCACUGGGGACUCAGCCUAUAACUUUGCGUACUUUUUCAUCUAAAAGUGCAACACAUGUGUUUGCUGCAUCAGAUAGACCAGCGGUUAUAUAUAGCAACAACAAGAAGCUGUUAUACAGCAACGUGAAUCUAAAAGAAGUUAGUCAUAUGUGUCCCUUCAACUCUGCUGCUUUUCCAGACAGUCUAGCAAUUGCCAGGGAAGGCGAACUUACAAUUGGCACCAUCGAUGCCAUUCAGAAACUUCACAUACGCACUAUUCCCAUUGGAGAGCAUGCUCGUCGUAUCUGCCAUCAGGAACAAACACGAACAUUUGCUAUCUGCUGUUUGAGAAACCAACCAAGUGCGGAAGAAUCUGAAAUGCAUUUUGGAAGGAUACUUGUCUUUAUAGUUGAAGAAGGGAGAUUGCAGCUUAUCACAGAGAAGGAAACCAAGGGAGCUGUUUAUUCUCUCAAUGCCUUCAAUGGAAAACUUCUUGCUGCUAUUAAUCAAAAAAUUCAGUUGUACAAGUGGAUGCUGCGGGAUGAUGGCACUCGCGAGCUGCAGUCUGAAUGUGGACAUCACGGUCACAUACUAGCUCUCUACGUACAGACCCGUGGAGACUUCAUCGUCGUUGGUGACCUCAUGAAAUCAAUCUCUUUAUUAAUUUACAAGCACGAGGAAGGUGCAAUCGAGGAAAGAGCUCGUGAUUAUAAUGCAAACUGGAUGUCGGCAGUUGAGAUACUCGAUGAUGAUAUCUACCUUGGUGCUGAUAAUUGCUUCAACCUAUUCACAGUAAAGAAGAACAAUGAAGGUGCUACGGAUGAAGAAAGGGCUCGUAUGGAGGUGGUAGGCGAGUAUCACAUUGGGGAAUUUGUGAACCGAUUCCGCCAUGGGUCGCUUGUAAUGAGGCUGCCUGAUUCAGAGAUUGGUCAGAUACAGACUGUCAUAUUUGGCACAGUGAGUGGGAUGAUAGGAGUGCUAGCUUCUCUGCCUCAAGAACAGUAUGCGUUUCUAGAGAAACUGCAGACGAGUCUGAGGAAAGUGAUAAAAGGAGUUGGUGGUCUAAGCCACGAGCAGUGGAGAUCAUUCAACAACGAGAAAAGAACAGCGGAAGCGAAGAGUUACUUGGAUGGAGAUCUCAUUGAAUCCUUCUUGGAUCUGAGCAGGGGUAAGAUGGAGGAGGUCUCUAAAGGUAUGGAUGUUCAAGUGGAAGAGUUGUGCAAGAGAGUUGAGGAACUCACUAGGCUUCACUGAGCAAACCCCAUAUCUUUCUCCCUCCCUUUCUCUCUUCGGUUUAUUUUCUCGACAAUCUCGAGUGGUUUCAUUUUUGUUUUGGUGCUUCAAACGAUGAUUAAACAUAAAUUGCUUUUUUUUUUUGCGUUUUUGAUAAAAAGAAUUGUAUAAUCAUUGCAGUGUUGUGGAUUAUUAUUAUCAUAUUAAUAAGAGUUCCAUUGUGUUGGAAAUUUCAAGUUU